AGCUAAUGUUUUAAAAAUUGUACUCCGGGGUACUAAAAAAGUCUACAUUUCAUACUGUCCUCCCACUACACCAGGAUCGAAUCCCCGCCGGGGGAAAAGCAGGGGAAUUUUGUACUCAGUAAAUACUCAUAUGAGCGGAGAAAUCGCCGGAAAACGCAAAUCAGAACCCACAGCAUGAUUCCCAGUUUCUUCAGCGUCUUCUUCCUUUCGCUUAUUGCAAUCUCAAACGGCGUCCUUGUAUCGCGUCAUCUUCAGCGCCUCUCCACGGAGAGCAGCAAGUAUUUGACCAAGGACGAACUCUGGUUCGAUCAAACUCUCGAUCACUUCUCUCCUUAUGACCACCGUAAGUUCAGCCAACGGUACUAUGAGUUUCUUGACAACUUCCACAUUCCUGAUGGGCCAAUAUUUUUGAAAAUAUGUGGGGAAUCUGCAUGUAAUGGGAUAUCUAAUGACUACAUCAAUGUUCUAGCUAAGAAGUUUGGAGCUGCAGUUGUUUCUCUUGAACAUCGGUAUUAUGGAAAGAGCUCACCCUUUAAAUCAUUGACAACAGAGAACCUGAAAUAUCUUUCAUCAAAGCAAGCACUUUUUGACCUUGCUGCUUUCCGUCAAUAUUAUCAGGAAUCCAUGAAUGUGAAGCUCAAUAGAUCUAAUGUUGAUAAUCCAUGGUUUGUCUUUGGUAUUUCAUAUCCUGGAGCCCUUAGUGCGUGGUUUCGGUUAAAGUUCCCUCAUCUUACUUGUGGAAGUAUUGCAAGUUCUGCAGUUGUUCGUGCUAUAUACAACUUCACAGAAUUUGAUAAGCAGGUUGGAGAAUCUGCAGGUCCAGAGUGUAAGAGUGUUCUGCAAGAAAUUACUCACCUGGUGGACGAAAAGCUUGCAUCUAAUAGUGAAGAAACAAAAGCAAUUUUCGAUGCUGCUGAGCUAAAAAUUGAUGAUGAUUUCCUGUAUUUUCUGGCCGAUGCUGCAGUUACAGCGUUUCAGUAUGGUAAUCCAGAUAUACUUUGUGAUCCUCUCAUCGAAGCAAAGAAGAAUGGAGAGGAUUUAGUGAAUGCAUAUGCCACAUACGUGAAGGAAAAUUUUGUUAAAGAUUUUGGUGUUAAUGUUGAAACAUACAAUCAAGAACAUCUAAAGAAUACUUCAGUUGAGGGUGAUACCGCUGAUCGUCUGUGGUGGUUCCAAGUCUGUACCGAAGUUGCAUAUUUCCAGGUGGCCCCUACAAAUGAUAGUGUUCGCUCUUCAAGGGUGGAUACAAGCUAUCAUUUGAACCUCUGCAAGAAUGUCUUUGGGAAUGGCAUCUAUCCUGAUGUUGAUGGAACCAAUUUGUACUAUGGUGGCACAGAUAUUGCUGGUUCAAAGAUAGUCUUUACAAAUGGAUCACAAGAUCCGUGGCGACAUGCAUCUAAACAGACUUCAUCUACAGACAUGCCAUCUUACAUCAUCACGUGCCAUAACUGUGGCCAUGGAACUGACAUGCGUGGUUGCCCCCAGUCUCCUUUAGUCCCUGAAGGUGAUGCCAAGAAUUGCAGCUCACACGAUGCAGUGCUCAAAGUAAGAAAAGAGAUGGUAGAGAACAUGGACCUUUGGCUGUCUCAAUGUCAUGUUCCUUCGGGCAGACGGAGUUCAAUUUAAAAGCUAGGCAAUACGACACGUAAGAGACAUUUUUAACUCUGAAGCGUUUAUUUUCGUGUCGUGUCGCUCUUCCAACUACCAAAGUGUGUUAUAACCUUUGCCAACAGAUGACGUAUCUGUAACUUCUGUACAUGUAUUUAUGUUCCUGUGAUUAUAAUUGUAGUGCUUCUGCUAAUGCCGAUGCUCCUCCGGGUCGAGACCCGUUUUGUUGUAUUAUUAUACUGUAUAUAAUACUGUAACUGUUGUUCAAAUAAUCAAAUGAAGUGACAAAUUGGUU